GUCAUGAUCGCACGCUGUAUAGCUUAGUUCGCAAGAUCACGUGAUAUAAGAAUUUAUUUGACACCUGACCGUGUGACCAUAUAUACUGUUACGUAAAAAGUGUUAACUACACGAUUCCUUUGCAUUGUCAUUAGUCAAAGUUGUACCAGUCUUCAUUACUAGUGCAUGGAUUGAUUUUCAUCUGUUAAAUAUUUUCUAAAUUAAAUUAAUAAAUCAAAGUUAAUAGGUGUCGUAUACAUACUGCGAUACAUUGAUGUAUACAUUGAUCUUGACGAUAAGAAACACAAUUAUCGCCGUUAUGAUUUGUGAUAAAAAAAUACAUUACAUAUCGAACAUAAAUAAUGCUAUAAAUUGAAUCGUGCACGCUCGCCUUUAUAAGUCCUAUUUAUAAACUUGCAACCACCAAGUGCUUGCAGUGAUUCUAAAAUAUAAAAAAAUAACGAACUUGGAUUUUCAAAAUGAACGUCGCCCAUAAUGAACGUGGAAAACUAUUAUACAACAACGUCCUGGAGAUUAUCGGACACACGCCGCUGGUGAAACUAAAUCACAUACCAAAAGACCAUGGAUUACAAUGUGAAAUGUACGUGAAAUGCGAGUUCUUCAAUCCAGGUGGUUCGAUCAAAGACCGUAUUGCACAUACGAUGAUCCAAGAAGCGGAACAUGCAGGCCUGGUAAAACCUGGUGUUACCAGAUUCGUUGAGCCCACUUCUGGGAAUACUGGCAUCGGAUUGGCUCUCGCAGCUGCAGUUAAAGGAUAUAAAUGUACCAUCGUUACUCCUGACAAGAACUCCGGUGAGAAAAUGAGUACGCUGAACUUGCUCGGUGCUGAAAUAAUCCAAACUCCAUCCAAUGUCCAUCACCAGGAUCCCGACAGCUAUAUGUCAGUCACCAGGAAGAUACUAGAAGAAGACCCCGAUGCUUAUUGUUUGGACCAGUUUUCAAACAAGUACAAUCCUUUGACACACCACGAGCAUACGGCAGUGGAAAUACUUGAUGCCCUUGGAUCUGUGGACAUGUUUGUGAUGGGCACCGGCACCGGAGGGACGGUCACAGGCACGGGUAGCAAGCUCAAGGAGGCGUGUCCUAACUGCAUUGUGGUCACUGCGGACCCUUACGGCUCUACCAUUUUCGAAGAUGGACCGCAAUUGCCUUAUUUCGUGGAAGGAAUCGGCGGAGACUUUGUCCCAGAAGUUUUGGAUAAACAUGUUAUUGAUCAAGUUGUUAAGCCACAUGAUUACGAAUCAUUUAAUAUGUCCAGGGAAUUAAUUCGGAAGGAAGGAUUGCUUUGCGGGGGUAGCAGUGGAGCGAUAACAUAUGCAGCAGUACAGGCUGCUAAGGAGCACAAUUUGGGACCACAUCAAAAAGUGGUGAUCAUUCUUCCCGAUGGCAUUCGCAACUACAUGUCUAAGUUCGUCAAUGAUCAAUGGAUGGAGGCGCAUCUCUUCAAGCCAGUUCCUAAACGGGACUUUCCGUGGUGGUCGAGACAUAUUUCGAAUCUUGAUAUUAUCCGCACUGUGCCUAGUAUCGGAGAGAGUAGCUCCUGUCUGGAAGCCAUUGCUGUUAUGGAACAAAAACACAGCAACGUUGCAUUCAUAGUCAACGAAGACGGAUUGCUCAAGGGUGUCGUUACCAAAGACAGUUUAAGAGCUGCAGCCACCAAUCCCAAGUGUAACAAUCCACUCAAUUUCCAUGACAAAGCAAUUAAACAUGUUUUGAAAAGACUUCAAAAGAUUAUAGAAAAUAAAGAAAACCCAACUGUUGGAUUGGCAGCGAGAAUAUUAGACAUAGCACCGUUUGUCGCGGUCGUGGAAGAAUACAAGAAUGGCAACAACAACAUUCCAGGGUUAAUACCAAAAGGAAUAAUCACUUCAGAUGUUGUGCUGGACUUCGUCUUAAAACAUCAGAAUCAUAUUUGAAGAAACAAAUAUUGCGAGCUUAUUACCCCACUUCAAUAGUUAACCAUGCUAUAUUUACCU